UCCUGCCCCCUCCCCAGGGCCCGCGCAGGAUGCCCCCGGCCCCCGGCAGCCCCCCGGGAGGCCCUGAGCUCGACGCGCCCCCUCUACGCCAUGUCCCCCCCUGGCUCGGCCGUGGGAGAGAGCGCCGGCGGCGGCGGCGGCGGCGGCGGCCCCGGGGUCCCGGAGGAGCUCACGGCGGCGGCAGACGAGGGCCCCGCCCGAGAGGAGCAGCGUCCCAUCCAGCCCUCUUUCACCAAGUCCCUCUGCCGUGAAUCCCACUGGAAGUGCCUGCUGCUCUCCCUGCUCAUGUACGGCUGCCUGGGGGCCGUGGCCUGGUGCCACGUCACCACAGUGACCCGCCUCACCUUCAGCAGCGCCUACCAGGGCAACAGCCUCAUGUACCAUGACAGCCCCUGCUCCAACGGCUAUGUCUACAUCCCCCUGGCCUUCCUACUCAUGCUGUACGCCGUCUACCUGGUGGAGUGUUGGCACUGCCAAGCCCGCCAUGAGCUGCAGCACCGUGUUGAUGUGAGCAGUGUUCGGGAGCGUGUGGGCCGAAUGCAGCAGGCCACGCCCUGCAUCUGGUGGAAGGCCAUCAGCUACCACUAUGUCCGGCGCACCCGCCAGGUCACCCGAUACCGCAAUGGAGACGCCUACACCACCACCCAGGUCUACCAUGAGCGUGUUAAUACGCACGUGGCGGAGGCCGAAUUCGACUACGCGCGUUGCGGGGUCCGCGACGUGUCCAAGGCCCUGGUGGGUCUGGAGGGCGCGCCAGCCACGCGGCUGCGCUUCACCAAGUGCUUCAGCUUUGCCAGUGUGGAGGCCGAGAACGCGUACCUGUGCCAGCGCGCGCGCUUCUUCGCCGAGAACGAGGGCCUGGACGACUACAUGGAGGCGCGCGAGGGCAUGCACCUCAAGAACGUGGACUUCCGCGAGUUCAUGGUGGCCUUCCCGGACCCGGCCAGGCCUCCGUGGUACGCCUGCUCCUCGGCUUUCUGGGCCGCGGCGCUGCUGACGCUGUCGUGGCCAUUGCGCGUGCUGGCCGAGUAUCGCACGGCCUACGCACACUACCACGUGGAGAAGCUCUUCGGUCUGGAGGGCCCGGGCUCCGCCAGCAGUGCGGGCGGCCUGAGCCCCAGCGACGAGCUGCUGCCCCCGCUCACCCACCGCCUGCCGCGGGUCAACACGGUGGACAGCACGGAGCUCGAGUGGCACAUCCGCUCUAACCAGCAGCUGGUGCCCAGCUACUCCGAGGCGGUGCUCAUGGAUUUGGCUGGGCUGGCAGCGCGCAGUGCCGGAGGCACGGCGGGCGGCUACGCGCCCACUUGCCGCUACGGCGGGGUGGGCGGCCCUGGCGCGGCGGGCGUGGCCCCGUACCGGCGCAGCUGCGAGCACUGCCAGCGUGCGGUCAGCAGCUCGUCCAUCUUCUCACGCAGCGCCUUGAGUAUCUGCGCCAGCCCGCGGGCCGGUCCGGGGCCCGGCGGAGGGCCAGGCUGCGGGGGCAGCCGCUUCUCGCUUGGUCGCCUCUACGGCUCGCGGCGCAGCUGCCUGUGGCGCAGCCGGAGCGGGAGCGUCAAUGAGGCGAGCUGUCCCACGGAGCAGACGCGGCUGUCGAGCCAGGCCAGCAUGGGGGACGAUGAAGACGAAGACGAGGAGGAAGGCGGGCCGCCGCCGCCCUACCACGAUGCCCUCUACUUCCCGGUCCUCAUUGUGCACCGGCAGGAGGGGUGUCUGGGCCACAGCCACCGGCCGCUGCACCGCCACGGCUCCUGCGUGGAGACCUCACUGUGACCAAGGGCCCCCGACAGGCCCGCCGGCCUUCCUCCUGCCCCUCGCCGGACUGUGCUCCCUGCGUGUAGCAGAGAGUCGUGAUGAUGACUGAGGCUGUACUGAGGGGAGGGGAGGGUUCGCGGGACAGACCUCGAUGGGGCUGGAGACCCCCGCCUGCCCUGUACAUAGACAGAUGAGCGGGAGGGGGUCGGCAGUUCCUGGAGAAUCCCACCGGGGCAGAGUUCUCUCUUCCGGGCCUGCCCCUGAGUUCCUAAGGGGACACCUCCUCCUCCAACACGCACACUCGAGAUUUUCCAUCCAGCCUUUCAACAGAUCUUCUGACUGUUAUGUGGCAACUGUGAUGUGGGACCCGUGUUAGGCCUCACCUCAAGAGAGAGGCCCUAGCUGUGCAGCCAGAGAGGAUCAGAGGCUGUGGGGAAAGGAAAUUGGGGCUUUCCUUCCUCCGCUGCCUGCCCCCCCCCCUCCGCCCCCGGGGGCCUUUCUCUACUGAGGGGGCGGUGGUUUGGUGAACAGCAGGGCUGGCUUCCAACCAGCUAAUGAAUUCAGUGGGUCUGAGGCCCGGGCCAGGUGUCAGCCCGGAUACUCCAUCUCAAAAACGUGGAAAUGUUGCCAUCCUCCUCUUGCCGCUGGCCCCAAAGAUCGGGGUUUCCUUUCUACCACUCCCUCCACUGCUGUUUAUUUCUCUGGGCCUCAGACCCUGGGUCCUGGAGGGACUGUGCUCACCACACAGACGUCAGUCUCCUCCCUCCGGUCCUGCUCCCCUGGCUCUGAAGAGCUGUUGCCAGUAGGGAGGAGACAGGUUGCCAACGGGGAGGAGACAGGAGUGUACCUCAGUCCUUCUCAGUCCACCGGGCACUAGUCUCCUGACCUGGAUUCUGGGAGGGCGCUCCCUUCAGAGAGGGCGAGAUAGCCACCCGGGAGGCAUUCCUUAAAGCUGACCAAGGUGAAAUGAGUGGGGAGAAUGGGAGACAGACCUGGGUGGCAGUGGGGAACUCUGGAAGCAGAUGGGAGUUGGGAGGAGAGAGCAGUGAAGGGUAGAGAGAAAGGGCCUCCAAAGGAAGGCCUGUCUGUGGAGGGCAGCCCUUGCCUUCCCCAGACUUUCUGGGGGGAGGAGUGGAGAGUGGUUGUCCCCACACAUUGCCUUUGCAGGGCUGAGGACAAUGUCACAAGCCCCGGAUGGAGAAAUACUCAAUUCCAAGGGCAGAGUCAGAGGCAGGAAUUCUCUAAAUCUUGCCCGACCCCACUGUCCUUCUAUACCAUGAGCUGAAGAAGCCCUGCUGUGUGUCCCAGGGUCUUCAAAGAGGCAGCCUGCCACCGUGACCAGGGCCCUGGCCCCACAUCCUGUUCCCUCAGAGCUCUGAUGCCACCUUCUCUCCUCACCACUCCCACCCUGAUGCGCUUCCGUGUGCAUGUUCGUGUACAACCCCACUGCCCUCCUAACUCCCCCAGCUGAAGUUUUCCCAGCAAAAUCAGUGCCCAGAGAUAGAGCUCACAUUUCAAGCUGGAGAGGAUAGACCUUGGGCCGCCCGACAUUGCUCAUCCCUGAUGCUUCUCACCUCACCUGAGCCAUCAGAGCUUCCCUUCCUGCAGCCUCUCUCAUCUUCCUCCAGCCUAGUCAGGCCUGCACCCACAAUGGGCAUGGCCUCCACCUAUGCAACAUCUCCUCUGGCCCCCCUGCUCUCCUUCCUGGGGGUGGGGGAGAGACUUGGGAGGCACAGAUUAUGGGGACACCAUGGCCCAUCGGAGUUGAGCUUUAUUUUCCUGUGGAGGUGGCUGAGUGGGAAGGGAGGGGGGGGCUGAAGGUGGGGAGGCGUGGGCAGGAGGGAACAGCUGCCCUUUAGGUUUCCCUGGGCAGCAGUGCCCACCUGCUUGCCAACACUGAACCCUCCUAGACCCCGAGUCUGUGCUCCUCAGGAACCUGGUUGGUUGGAGCACGCCUCUUUGCUCUGGACAGACAUCUGUGAGAUAUAGAUGGUGAGCUGUGGCCUCAGGCCCCAGUUCUUGGCCAGCUGGCACCUGGAUGUCUUGCCCUUGUGUGGGGGCAGGCUGGAUACCUCCUGGCUCCAAGGAGGGAGGAACCCGGCUCCUCCUCCUUCAGGUCAUUUCUGAGAUAGAUCCUGAGCUGGGAGAAGGGGAAAGGGGCCUUAUUAUUUUUGCCUGUAUUAACCAUUUCUGCCUAGGUGUUCUCACACAGACAGCCUCACCUCCCACCCCACACAUGCACAGACUUAGAGAGAAACCAAUUCUUUGGUCUGUUUCUUUGGUAGCUUUAUUGAUUGCCAGGGAAAAGGAAAACCAGAAAAUUAAUUAAUCUCUAAAAUUAAACUUUACACUGAAUGUUCUUGUUUCUCUAAUUAGAACCUCUGCUAGCAGCUGUGGCUAUGUAUACACACCCUCACACCUACACAUUUGCACUCUGGAACUGUCAGAGGGUAUCAGGCACAGACAGACUCUAGGUUGCCCGGACAGGCACCCACGUGCAGUCACUCCCAAGCCCCCUUCGGUGCUCUGCUCAGUGCUUGCUUGUUGGAAGGAGUCCCCAGAGAGCAGGCACCCCUAGGCUGUGGUUGCAGCCCAUGACCAACCCUUUGGAAACACAGAUAUGGAGGUGCCGAGUCCCUCAGCCUGAGGAGGAUGGGAAAUGGGGCUUGGCCUGAAUCUAUCAGUCAGAUCCUCUUGUGGCCCCAUGGGUCGAUGGGAUUCCUGUGGGUGUGGCUCCAGGGUGGGCAGCCACACAGUGACUGGUGGAGGGUACCUGGAAGGCUCCUGGGGACAAGGGCUUGUGGGGUGGGCUGGGCCUGGCUGGGGAAAAGACAGGUCUCUGUCAAUUGGGUGCAUCACACUGUGGCCUUUCUGUCAUGGAUUUCCAAGCGCAAAGAUUGUACAAAUCAAACUGGAUAAUAAAGUUGUGGAUGACUCACUGA